UUACUACCUGUUUACCCAGCCUUCGGAUAUUCGAACACUUAUCAUGAAUCGACGCGGAUGUUAUUCCGCAUUCAUACAUUGCAUGUCAAAAUUCUUGAUUUAACUUAAAAAUAUGUCAACUAAUUCUACUCAAAUUAUUGUUCCAGAAGAUCAACUCAAGACGGCCAUUUUUAUUGUCGAGCGCUUUUUAUUCCCUAGUACCUGUUCCAUUGCUGUGUUAUGUAACUUGCUUAUUAUUUUGGCCGUUAAGUGGACGAAAGUUAAAAGAGCAUCAAAAUUGUACUUGAUUCUUGUAGCUGCCAGUGACAUUCUUCAGGCGUUGGCGUUAACAGGAGUUCUGAGCUUCGGCACUUCCGACAUAACGUGUAAGUUAUCUGUCUGGUUUGGCUUAUCUGCUGUUGUUGCGGCCCAAAAUGAGAUGUGCAUAAUGACCAUUGACCGAUUCGUGACUCUGAAGAAAUUCACGUGGUAUCGGGACAAUAUAAUGUACAAUUUGCGAUAUCCCAUCAGAGUGACAUUGGCGAAUUACAUCCUAACUACUAUCCUCUAUUCGCCCGCAUACUUUGUUGCUGUAUACAAUCAGAAAAACGAUGUCUGUGAACCAAGAGAAGAAACAGGUCAAGAUUUAUUUUGGAAACAAAUAUUCGCGUCUGCCGGAGUGUUUUACAUUGUAGUACCAUUGCUUGUUAUCACUGUUCUCAGCCUCAUUAUUGUGAAAAACCAAAGGGGCAGGGGUGCAGAAGCUUCUUUUCAGUGAUGCAGCCCCUCACUACCUAAAAGAAUCCCCACGCUGAUACUACUCUACGACAUCCAUUUCCAGCCGGCC